GCAGAUAGAAAAAGAAAGAGAGGGAGAACGGACGCAAAGGAAGAGGAGGAAGGGAUGAAGAAUCAUCUCAGACUCCAGUGGAUUUAAAUACACUGAGGACGCUGAAGAUUUCUGUUAAGUGAAUGUUUCCCACUAAAACAUGUAGCCAAGAUGAUGUGGAUUAUUCUCCUCUGCCUGAGCGACGGAUGGAUUCAAACACCCUCAGCUGCAGCGGUGACCCCUACACCCUCCUCUGCACCAGUGACGCCCACUGAAGAUGAGAGCACCCAGCUGGUGGACUGGUUGAUGAAGUAUGGCUACCUUCCACCUUCAGACCCCUCCACUGGACAGCUACAGGCCUGGACCGCUGUCACUAAUGCCGUCAGGGCCAUGCAGAGGUUUGCAGGCCUCAAAGACACUGGAGUUGUGGAUGAGGAGACAAUGGCCUUGAUGAACAGUCCACGAUGCUCCCUACCUGACCAGGAGGAACCAUCCAAAUCGCUGGCCAACCAAGAGGGCAGAAACAUAAGGAGGAGAAGAGGGGCUGUCUCCAAUUGGACAAGCAGGAACAUUAACUGGAGGUUGCAUACAUAUCCCUCCUCUUCCCGUCUGUCCCGGGAAACAGUUCGCUCACUGGUGUUCUAUGCUUUAAGAGUGUGGUCAGAUCCAACACCCCUGGAGUUCCAUGAGGUGAGUAGUCCAGAAGCAGCUGACCUGCAGGUAGACUUCCUCCAUGGUUCCCACGGCGAUGGCUAUCCCUUUGAUGGGGCAGGUGGUGCAGUCGGCCAUGCUUUCUUCCCAUCAGACCCAGCUCGGGCAGGAGGAGUUCAUUUGGACGCAGAGGAGGAGUGGGCCUUCAGACAGCCAGCCUCUGAAGGUACAGACCUGUUCACGGUACUGGUCCAUGAGUUUGGCCAUGCACUGGGCCUAGCUCACUCCUCAUCUCGCCACUCAGUAAUGAGACCGUAUUACCAGGGUCCUGCUGGAGACCCCCUCCACUACCGCCUGGGACCCCAUGAUCUAGGGCACAUCACUCAGCUCUAUGGUAAGAGGAACCAGCUGCUGGCUACCGACGCUGCUCACCUCGCUCCUGAGCCUCAGUUGCGCCACAGAGCCCACCGCCACCAUCAGCACAGACAUGGCUCCUUCAUAGAUCGCUGUAACACCAGUUUUGAUGCCGUGGCAAGGAUCCGAGGAGAGACUUUCUUCUUCAAAGGUCUGACAAUGUGGCGUGUCAGUGGGGCGGGUUUGGUGUCGGGGCGUGGGACUUCGGUCCGGAGGCUGUGGAGGGGCCUUCCUCCGGACUUGCCUCGCCUUCAUGCUGUACUGGAGAGACAGUCAGAUCAUGCCAUCAUCUUUAUCAGUGGUUCCCACUUCUGGCUGUUCAAGGACUUGUCCCUGCAGGAAGGCUACCCUCAGCCUCUCUCUGUGCUCAGGAUGGGUGUGGACUUUGCUGGAACAGAUGAUAAGGAUAUGGAGGAGGCAGCAGCAGGGAGGUGGGGCCUGAUCUGGGACCCAGAGGAGGGUCCCAAGUGGGGAAACAUGGGAGAUGCUGAGGAAGACAAACAAGAAGACACCUGGACUCAGCUGCUUAGAGAAGGAGUCAGUGGCAUCACCACAGACAGCAAUGGCUCCGUCUACCUCUUCAAAGGAGACUCCUACUGGAAGUUCAUGUUUCCAGGCUCCUCGCCCCAGGAUGGAUACCCACGAUCCUCGGCUGCAGACUGGCUGGACUGCCCUGACUCCACCUCAUCCUCACCUAUCAUAGACAACCUGUCCUUGGCUCUGUCUCCACCUGCAGGAAGACAGGAUCUCAGGGAGAGAUGGAGAGAGGUUAGCGAGAAGGAAGAAGCAGGAGGAAGGUGGAGGCACAGACAUGGAAAUACACAUAAAGACAGACAGGACGGAGAUUCACACAUCUGGGCGCAAUGCACUUGCCAAAAUGGAGCACUGAGUGAGAGGACAGCAUCUUUUAUUGCUGCCUUGCUCCUGGGCACAUGGAUACUUUUGGCUGUUUAAAGCCACACAUGACAGUAAAAGUCAGCUGCGUUCUCUAGAGAAGGGGAUGUAACAGAGGAGAGCACCCCACCCACAUACACUCACCAUAUCCAUUCAUUAUACUAAUAGUAGUAGAAUCAGAUCAAGAAGCAUUUUCUUUUAAUAAUGAAAUUAAUAUAUUAAUAUAUUAAUAUACUGUUAGAAAUCCAUGCUCAGGAGAUGUUCUCUGUAUUUGUGUGGUGCUUAUUUGACAGAUAGACGGGAGUGAACUCCAGCACAAGUUGAGGACACCCCUGGUGACCGCCCUACCUGAGUCAGAAGGUGAUAGGUUUUUGGUUGUUGUUAGCCUUUGAACCUUUAUAUGAAAUUACCAUCAAAGGUUCUUGUUAGAGAGUCACUCAAAACCACCACAAAGAGACGCAAAACAGCUGCAAAUGAAAGACAACCACUACAAAGCGAUGAAAACCACCUCCAAGGGACCCCAAAGCCCCCACACAAGUGAAGAAGCACAGAACACUGAAACUUCGCUUGCCUUUGAUCCAAGUUAAUAUCAUAACCAGGCAAUAAUGUCACCUCCUCUGUACAGUGUCUGACCUACCGCUUUUUAGAUUUUUCAGCAGAGGAUGAGUAACUGACAGACAGCAGAGGUCGACAGAGAUUAGAUUACAGUGCUACGGACCGAGAGCUUCCAAAUCAAACUUCGCUCAGCUAUUUUCAUUUUCUGUUUUAAGUUGAUAUGAGAAGAUGUCUUUCUCUACUGUAUGUACAGUGCAUAAUAGGAUACAUGUCUUUUUUAUCUGUUACACGACUGGAAGCUAAUUAGAGCUGUCCUAUAAUGUGAGACAGUGGGAUAGGGUGGGAUUUGAAUCAUUUACCAGGACUCAGACACAUUUUCCACUCAGUUGGACCUAAACAAAUGUUCCCUAAUGAAUCCUGGUGCAUCAUUCCUUUUUCUUUGUUCACAGUAUUUACACAAAGAACGUCUUUAUCUAUCAGUGUAUUAUACUUUUGGACACAGUUAAUGCAUUGAUGGUGUCUUGGAUCUGUUGGAGCUGUUGGAUCAGCUCAUUCCACACGAGUAUGAAUUCAAAACCAUUCCUAUUCUUUUUGAUAUACGGGCAGAGAGCUCCUUUACUAAAGGCCAUGUACACCUGUUCAGGGGUUUUUGGUCUUUCUGGCUGACUAGAUCUCUGUUCAGGUUGAAGCUGAGUGGAGCUGCGAAGUCACCGAACUUCAUAACCAUAAUCUGAGGUGAAUGGUGCCUGCCUCCUGUCCCCAGGUUUUCAUGGGAAGUAUAGCUCAUACAGAUUAGUCUGACUUUGUCUUCAGUUGCUGCCUAGUUUAAAUAAUCUCAUACGGCUGCUCAGGUUACAGUUUGGUUAACUUGGAUCAAAGGCUUUACUCUCUUUACUCAUGCCCUCUCAAGAGGUAUCAAGUAUUGAGACUGUCCUCCCAAGAAAAAUGACAAAACCAACAUGUGCUUACAUUAAAGUGACAACCCUAUGUAGCGGAUUAGGACAAGUGGACUUUUAUUAUAGAGCUGCAGAUGGAUGCUGGCUCCACCUGACAGAAUGGGAGGAAUAAGAAAACCAGCUGCGUUCUGACUUGACAGCGCUGACACAUUAUUCUAAGGUGGUUUAGCCCUAUGACCUUUUAAAUUUGCUUCAUUUAUUUUUAUGUAGUUGUGUCAGUUUGUUACACAGAUACAAUCAAACUAUGUAACACCUACAUUAGCGGAAUAUAUUUUGUUAGUGUUAUUUCUGGAUUGUAGUUUGAUGGCCGUCAGGGUGUCAGUCACUUCCCCGCACUGAAACGUUUACUGUGCAUGAAUUACUGUAAA